GCGUUACCACUGGGCCUGUCUUUGCUCCCUAAAUCCCUCUCAUUCCUAUCUGUAUUCCACUAUUGUGCGCGUAUCUGCAUGAUUUCGGAGCGAUAAAUUGUGGUUAGAGUGAAGUUUUGUGAAUCACUUACGAGUCAAAAUGCUCCAAAGAUGAUCGGGACGAGAGAUCGGGUCUGAUACGUGCGUACGAAACAGAGAAUAACACUCGCGUCACUGAUCGACGAGUGAACCAUUCACCACACCCGCUCGCGUGAAUUCUGGUGACAUCUGGGGACGGAAGUGUGAACUGUGAGAAGUAACAACGAGUCGCCAGGACGCAGACCCUUUUCCGCGGGGGUUUCACGGGUUUCAUUGCCAGCUUUAUCUCUUCCCCGAAAAAUUCGAUUUUUACGAGACGCUGCACUCAUUCUUUCCAGUGUUCCUUUACUGGAGCUUUGGGAGGAAUUUAUUGCGGUCUGAAUUGAUAGUAAAAAUGAGAGACUCUGUCCUUUCUUCGCGUUCCAAUUUCCGUAUUUGGAGAAUCAAAGCCAUCGUAUGAUUCAUCUCCUUUUAUGGACAUGAGAAUACCAAACUAUUGCGGUCGUGAUUUUGCAACAAGACGAGGUCAAGUGCAGAGCCCGAAGAAUGGCCGAAGGAGGUGGGGGAAACGAUGCGAAGACGAACGGUGACAAUCCAGUAAUUAAAAGUCAGAUGGAGGUGAACGAGUGCCUCGGUAGUUGGCUCACCUACUUGCAGAUGCUCAAUGGCCUAUGCUCCGCUGGUACGAAGUUGGCCCAAUCAUUGCAAGUACUUUUGUCGAAUCACGAUGCAGUUCUCGACUGCAGAUUAACGGGCCAGUGUUUAGCUGGAUGGGAAGAGUUGACUCGGGCUACUGGCGUUGCCAGUAAUACUGUUAAAAACCACGUGGUUGCUGCACUUAGGGACCACGAGGCACGCGAUAACGACGGGGAUAAACACGAUAUACUGCGUGACAAUCUCCUGACCUUCAUUAAUCUGCAGUAUCAGUUCUGUGUCGCGUGUUGCGAAUGUUUAGGAGGAAUAGCCGAAUGUUCGUGCUCCCAAGGAGGAAAAACGGAAUGUGACAUAGCAGCGCUUCAACAGUGCUUCGAGCGACUUUACAGCCCGGCGACGCCAGUGUCAUCGUCAUCAAUCCAGCAGAAUUGUCACAGAUCGCCGCUGAGGUAUCCCCUGUUCCCUCUUCAGGUGCAGAGACGGUGGUCCGAAACGGCGGCCGCUGAGAUGUCCGGAGAGUCGACGGAGAGCACGAUGAGACGGUGGUCCAUGCCCUGGGAUUGCAGGCACAUCAAUGAGUGGCCGAGGCAGGAGGAGAGGUCCAGGCUCAGGGUUCCACAUCACGAUAGAAGCAGGUCGACUACCCCUGACUCAGUGUGGAAGUCCUCGGGGAUGGCUAGUCAGGAUGGGUUGCAGGAGGCCAUUCAGUUGUUGUCGUGUCGACCAGGUGUCAGACCGUCAAAUCAGCUAUCAGUCUUUAACAGUCAACACGUGCCAGGUGUGAUAUUGACGACAUGUAGCUUCGAAACUAAUUACGAUGGCUCCGUUUGGCCGGAUUCACGGAGAGUUGGAUCACCACGAUGUUGGCCCCAAGAUUCACACUCGAGUGAUCACUCUGACCAAUCCGGGCACAGUGGACUCAGCGGAGACCAUCGUGACUCGGAACACAGUGGGGGGAGUGGAAGUGCAGGCCACCGUGACAGCAAAGACAGUAUUCAAUCUCACAGCGAUCAUGGCUCGCAUAGAGAGUCAGAGGGUGGUGCUAAUGUCGAUCUUCUUCCGUCUAGGAAGAAUAGUUCAUCAGCAGAAUCCUGUUUAUCGGCUAAUAGUCGUUCUGGCUCGGAGAGUGCCGGUGCCGGGGAAGGAGCUAAAUCUCAAUUGUAUUCGAUGUGGAGCGGUGGAGACUUGCCUUUCAUCAAACUGCCAGAAAGCACUGAGCUCCAGGAUGAGAGACCACCGACUAACUAAUUAAUUGAAUGAUAAAUAAAUAAAUGAAUUACUUUUCUAGGCAAACUUUCCAUUAGAGCAAUUCCCCAAAUUCCCCAAAUUCGUUAAUUCUUUUACUAGAAAAAUUUUGAAUGUUGGACACUUGCGAAAGCUUCGUGGAGCUGUUCAAUUUUAGCCUUUGAAGUUUGUUCACUAAUUUAUCUAUUUCCAUUCGCUGGAAUGAAACCCAGAAGUUUGUUGCGAAUAGAAAAUACUGUUCAGUGCAUUCAGAAAAUUUAAAUGUGUUACAAUGACUAUCCCGCGGACCAAAAUAUCGCAAUAUCAUCGUUUCUAGAACGAACCCGAGAGUGGAACUCAAUCGUCAUAUGUAAUAUUUCCAUAUCAAAUGCGGAUUUCUGUGUGAGCCUCCCCUACCGACGAAGAACGUCUUUCGGGAUUCUUCCUUGUACCAGUAUCGAGACCAGUACCGAGAUAAGUUGAUGUUCAAUAAAAUCUGGAGAAUGACUUGUAAAGAAGAAAACGUAAUAAAGCCGAAUCUGACAUUUUUGCUAA